UGAAGUGUCUGCUGAAGAAGUCACAUCUAUUGCUUCUUGUUUCUCUGCGUCUAGAGCAGCUGUGGCAUAUCGGGGUGUCCGAAAGACAAAGCUGCUUUCUCUAUUGCUUGCUCUCUCCUUUUAAGUCUGCACCAAUAGUUAUUUGAUAUUUUCUUUGGUUCCGACUGAAAAGGCCGAGGAAAGAAGAGUGAGAUUGAAGAGUUUGGUCCCUCUGGUGUCCAUCCUCUCAGCCUGAUUUUAAAUAUCGCCUUUUUUCUGAUCUCCGAGGAACCAUGAGCUUCCUUUUUGGAAACCGUUCAUCUAAAACUUUCAAGCCUAAGAAGAAUAUCCCAGAGGGUUCUCAUCAGUACGAGCUGUUGAAACAUGCCGAGGCGACGCUGGGGAGUGGAAACCUGCGCAUGGCGGUCAUGUUGCCGGAGGGGGAAGACUUGAAUGAGUGGGUCGCUGUCAACACGGUGGAUUUCUUCAACCAGAUCAACAUGCUGUAUGGAACCAUCACAGACUUCUGCACAGAGGAAAGCUGCCCAGUCAUGUCUGCCGGUCCAAAGUAUGAGUACCAUUGGGCAGAUGGAACCAACAUCAAGAAACCCAUUAAAUGCUCAGCUCCAAAGUAUAUUGAUUACCUCAUGACGUGGGUGCAGGACCAGCUCGAUGAUGAGACGCUUUUCCCUUCAAAGAUCGGCGUUCCCUUUAAGCGCAACUUCAUGUCCGUGGCGAAGACCAUUCUGAAACGCCUGUUCAGGGUCUAUGCUCACAUCUACCACCAGCACUUUGACUCCGUCAUGCAGCUGCAAGAGGAGGCCCACCUCAACACAUCCUUCAAACACUUCAUCUUUUUCGUUCAGGAGUUCAACCUCAUUGACAGAAAAGAGCUGGCUCCACUCCAGGAGCUGAUUGAGAAGCUGACCACUAAGGAUAGAUAAACACCAAUGCAAACUUGUAUUUUAUUGUUCUAGUUUUUGCACAGAUACCCAACCCCACCCUGGCUAUAUGUAUGCAGUAUAAACUACGUGGAUUUCCAAGGGGGAAAUGUUUUUAAUAUUGCCAGGAAGCAGACUGGGUUUUUUUUUGUUGAUAGGUUUAAGGCACCAGGACUAAUUUUAUCAGGGAUUACAGAUUUAAUUAACAGAGAAAAAAAACAUUUAGGUGUAUGGAGAAUAAUCCCUUGUAUCAACACACAAUGAUUUAGGAUUAUAGAGACAUAUAUUGUAUGUUCCUUCAUUUUCUCUUUUUCUUUUCUCCGAUGGUUCGACACACUCAUAAGGGAGAGGGACAGUAUAGAUUUUAUGGGGAAGAUUUGAGCCAGCUUUGAAGCUUAUUCAAUAGUUUUACUCUUAUCAUUUCAUUCUCAAUUAAAAGGUCAGACUUUAGUUGAGUCUUGUUGCCAUCAGUACAGAAGAACCCUAAGUGCCUAGCACGGCUCGUUGUCGCCCUAUAUCAACAGUGAGAACUGUAAAAAGAUUUAAGGCCAUAUUUGAUCAGCUUAGUUAAAAUUUUCCACCUACCUCCCUUUAAACCCAAAUAGCCCUGACUUCUCCCUCCUGUCCCAUAUCUUGUUUUGGAAAGUCUCCCUGCUGUGUGCUCUUGAGAGGGUGAUGAUUAAAUGAAUGUGUUAAAGGAUAUAGAAGUGAGAUUAGAGCUGUUUUUUUGUCAUUUUAGAGCAGGGACUAAUAAUAAGCUUUUAGGAUUGUCUAGUGACAAGUCCCUGUGUGCUAGUUUACCCACCUGAAACCUUUAUGUAGAAACAUUUCGCGACGGAUCCAAAACCUUAAACUGUACAUACAUACCUGCUGAUAGAUACAGAUAAAUAUUUAACCUCCACCGUUUUUGAGAACUGUAAGCAUUUUGAGUCAGAUGACACCACAUACUGUACCUUGGUAUCUGGAUAGCCAUGAAGCACUUUGAACAAGUUUUCUAACCACUCUUGCCUGAAUGUUUUUCUCUGCAAUAUGUUGAAUUUUGUGAGAAGCACACACAGUACUGUUAUAGCUUCAGGUUUUUCAGAUCUAUGAUUAAUUAUUUCUGAGAUAAAACUAUUACUGUCUUAAAACAUUUUAGGGUUUACUUUCAGCAGCCAUUUUUUAAGUUGGUAUAUAAAGCCCUGCCGCGUCCUGAUCUGUUGGUGUAGACUUUUGGUUGGGCCGUUCCAACAUUUUAGGUCGUCCUUUUGUUGAUUUGAACUCAC